UGUUCUUGUGUGGCACGCUGCUGCCGGAUCUUCAAUUUUUGAAUGAUUGUGGAUCCCAGCUGGCUACUACUUCGCUAUAUGCUUCUUCUAUUUGUUUGAGCGUCUGCGGGCAAUAUGACGCGCCACUCUUCAAAUCAUAGCGGCAUUUCGUUUCUAACAUAUAUUAGUUAUGAUGAGGAACGGCUUCAAACACUCCUGCUUGCAGAAUCUCGUCAGAGUCUCCUCCUCCGCCGCUUUCCCGACGAGGAAUCCACGCCGCCAGCAUCUCAGUCAUCUCCGGCGAACGCCUCAUGCAUCUGCAAUUUCUGCGGCGUCUCCGGCGGUCUCCAAGCCCGACGUUGACGUCGAUUCCCUUUUCUCUAAAGUUUUGGAGUCAGAUAGAGGAGUUCUGCUGACCAGAGAAGAUCACAGAAAGGUGGCGGAGAUGGUUCGUGAAUUGGAGCGCUUUUGCGUGGAGAAACCAGUUAACUGCCCUCUCAUAUUCGGAGAAUGGGAUGUAGUCUACUGUUCAAAUCCCACCUCACCAGGAGGUCUCUAUAGGAGCGCAAUUGGCCGCCUUUUCUUCAAAACAAAAGAAAUGAUUCAGGUUCUUGAAGCCCCCGACAUUGUGAGAAACAAGGUCUGUUUCUCCAUUCUGGGAGUCAUUGAUGGAGAAGUUUCUUUGACAGGAAAAUUGAACGUCCUCGACGAAAAGUGGAUUGAAGUCAUCUUCAAGUCCCCAGAGAUUAAGAUAGGGGGGCUAGAAUUGGCAUAUGGUGGGGAGAGUGAAGUGAAACUGGAGAUCUUAUACGUCGACGAGAAGAUGAGGCUGGGGAAGGGCUCCAGAGGUUCGUUAUUUGUUUUCCGGCGGCGAGAUACUGUUUAAAUGUUCAUAUUAUGUAGUUAACUAGUGCAUGUACAUUAUGUUUGUUUGGGUACAUUAUCAAUUUUGAUAUUGCCAGAAGUCGAAUUGUUUUGUUUGUUAGGAAUGUUGUAAAGCUAUUGAGAAAUCAACUCAAUCAAAAACUUAAACAUGUGAUUAUACACACAUGACUUAUUUUACACUAAUAUAUUUCCUCACGUGUA